UUUGUGUUGAGGAUUUGAAGAAAGAAGAAGAAAAAUGAUACCUCAGCAGUGGGCAUCUCCCUGUGGAAACCAAUGCACCAAUAAAUACGCUGCCCUCACUCAAAUUCCUUGGCGGGUAUUCUGCAAAAAGGGUUGCGACUCGGAUGGAGAAACGUGGGAGGAAUGUUUGGAGGAUUGUAAUCAAAUGUGUUUCAAGGACCCUGUACUAAAGGACCAGCAGUGGAGUGCUUAUAUCGAUCGUUCUCCUGGAGCUGCUAGUUAUUCAGAGGACUGUUUCCGUGCUUGUGUUUCUGGAUGCGGUUAUAAGUUUGAGGUUGUAACAGAAGAGGUGGAUAAAGUUUGUCCCAACAGACCACCCAAGCCUGCCCCAGUUCAGAAGCCGAAGCCACAACCCAUAGAACCCGUUGACCCACCUGAAGAGAUGCCUGGCACUUCUGCAUAGUGGAAAUUGAUGAACAAACCUAACCAUUCUUUUUAUACUUACAAGAUACAUAUUUGUAGGAUUUUGUGUUUUGAUCUUACAUCCUACACCACAUCAGCAUGAUUAAGGUUCUUUUUGGGGAAACAACGUAAAAUGCUUUUGCCCUUUUUACCUUAGAGAUAGUAGAAGCCGAAAGCAAGGAAUCCGGAAAAUUUUGGUAGUUGGAACUGAGAACAUGGUGAAUGGCAGGAGGUUUAUCUAAAGAACAUUUUGCAUUCUUUUUCAUCUGGCCAAAUGAAUAGUAGAUUUGCCUUUGCCACCAUACUGGCAUUUUCAAUCUCCUAAAUUGGUUACUUCCAUUUCAUAUGUUAUAUAUUAGCCCCUUUUGACAACACCAUUGUUCUUCACUUCUUAUAGCAACUUGAUCACUAUUAAUGGAUUCUUCACUAGUGCGAUUUGAAUUUGGAA